UCCCUGCCCUUACCUGCUGUGCCUUUAAGAGAAAGCGUCAUUGCGUCACAUUCGGCUCCCAAUGACAUGCGCACUGCUCCUCAGGUGUUCAGUACGCAGAGGGAGCCACAACAGUGAGACGCAUCUCGUGGACUUUUGUGUGUUUGUGCUUAUUUGUGUGUAAAUGCCUAUGAAACCACAUACAUAUUCAUACAUACAAACACUCACUCAUCUUCUGCUCACUAUCAUACCUGGAUGUAUACUGCCUCAUGUGGAUGCAAUAAAACAGUUCUUCAUCAAAUCUCUGGAUCAGCUGCAGUCUUUCUGACCAAACAGUUAGGCCAGACUAGUGUAAAGCCAGUAUACAGUUUCAUAAUAUUCCACAAAUGGUCCUUCGAGCCGGAUUUACACGAGCUGCGCCAUGGCCACAUCCAGAGACUUCUAUGAUGAGCAACUACUUCUUAGUCCCCGUCCCAGGAGAGUGCGCCGCAUUCCCGGACAUCUGGAGGAUUAUGAUCUGGGCUACCCUACAAAUCUUCAGCUAUCCACAGAAAGGCUGCUAUUACCUCCCCCCACAAGGUAUGUAGUGCCACAGAGUCCCGAGAGAUGGUCAACUCCUGUACGUGGUCAGCCAGUGGAGAAUACAGAGGACAGAAUGCAACGUUUAGAGGCACGUUGGCAGGCCAUAAGCCAACAGAUGAGAGAAUUGGAAACUGAGAUGAGUAAUGUCAGGCUGACAUCAUAUCCACUGAGUGCCUAUGCCCACCCAUAUUAUCCAUACAGCUAUGCUGCACAGCAAACUCAGUAUGCUAGCCUCCCACAGUUAGAGAGAAUCAGCUCAUCACCAGCUCCCAGCCAUACUCAAGAAGUAAGAUCUCCCACAUGGCCUCAGGAACAAUUGCCCAUUCCAUUUCAACAACCACUGCCUACUGAGGCCCAGAAUACACCUCCUGGAGUCCCUGCACCACCUCUGCAGCUCGCACAGCCAUUACCCCCUACAGCAGUAGCACCUGUUUCAGCACCAGGGACAGCUCCAGUCACCACUGCAGUGCUUACAGCACCACUCCCUGCUGCUGCCCAAGCUCCGCCUACACAGUUUGAGGAGUAUUGGCCUCCGCCUCCUCCUCCUGUAGAUGAAGCUACCGCUGCACUGCUACCGCCACUGUAUGAUCCUACCUUUCCAGGUGCAUCUGCGCAGCCUGCAACUGCGCAGCCUGCAACUGCUCCUAUUGAGUCAACCUUCAGUGCAUCCAGGUACUCCCAGACCUAUGCUGUACCUACCGAUUCUCGGCCUGUGGCCAAGAGUGCACACCCUGCUGUAUACACCUCCUAUGCAGCGCCGCCACCUGCAACCCCUGUCAGCAUAAAUGCACCCAACAUGAUUGAGAUGGCUAUAGCAUCAUCUUUUGGCAUCCCCAAACCAAAGCUAUCCAUCUUCAGCUCAGGGAAGGAGAGUGACUUCCUCAUGCUUAAGAAAGGCUUAGAUAGUGUGCUUGCCCCUCACAGCCAUUUAACUGAAGACUAUAAAUAUCAAGUUCUUCUAGACCACUUGCGAUUCCCUGCAGCAGUCCAGAUCGCUAAGAGGUACAUAAACAGUGUCACUCCAUACACCAGUGCCAUGACUGCCCUCCAAUUGAGAUACGGCCAACCCCGACAGCUUGUUCAGGGGGAACUCAAAGCGAUCCUGAAUGCUCCUCCAGUGAAAUCAGGCGAUUAUCAGGGCAUUGAAGAUUUUGCUGCUGCAGUUGGUACACUUGUGGGCAUGCUUAGCACAAUGGAUGGCCCAUCCUCAUCAGAGCUGUGUUGUGGAUCACACGUGGACACUUUGCUCACAAAGUUACCACCAAAUUUCAGAGAUUCCUUUGCUGAGUAUUGUUUUAACAGAGGAAUAAUUCAAAGUGGCAGUGACAAGACCUACACUCUGCCUGACUUAGCGGAGUGGCUUGAGCGGAAAGUACAGACUCUUCAAGUUUCCCGCCGUGUUGGCAUAAGUUCCACUGAAUCCAGUAAUGUGGACAACAGGGAGAAGAGAUCAAACCGACAGCCAAAACCCAAGUCCACCGCAGUGCUACUUGGAAGUAAUCAGAGUGCAGAGCUACCCGCUACAAACCCAGCUUCUACUACUCCUCUUCAAAACACGAAACGGGAAAGAUUUAAGCCCUACUGUCCAUACUGCAAUAACCAAGAACACUAUCUAAAUGCAUGUGCAGAGUUUACAAAAUUCACAAGCGAAGCCAAAGCAGCCUGGAUUAAAGAGAAGAAGAAAUGCUGGAGAUGUGGCAGAGGACAUUUACCGACUAACUGCACACUCAAGAAACCUUGCUCCACAUGUGGGGAACAACACCUUCCUGUACUGCAUGAAGUAGCCCUCACGGAAAACAUACUGACUGUCAGUACCACCCAAAGUGUUGUAUACUUUGAUCAGGCAACUCACUCAGGCAAAGUAAUGUUGAAAGUUGUCCCAGUCCGACUUCAUAAUGGGAGAAAAUAUAUUGACACAUUUGCCGUAUUGGAUGACGGCUCUGAACGUACAGUCAUCCUGCCCGCAGCCGUUCGUCAGCUCGGCCUCACCGGACAGCAGGAAGUCUUAUCACUGAGAACCAUCAGACAGGAAAUAGUGCAGUUAAAGGGAGCCACCGUGUCAGUCAAAGUGUCAACACAGACGAAGAAGGGACUGAAGUACAACAUUCACAAUGCUUUCACAGCUACUGAGUUGAACCUUGCUGAGCAGUCUUGUUCGGCAGAGCGCCUGCAGAGAAGUUAUCAUUAUUUAAAGGACCUUCCUUUACCAUCUUUUAGCAAAGUCAAGCCCAUGGUUCUCAUUGGGUCAGAUCAUCCGCACCUUAUCACGCCCAAGCAGCCAGUGAGAAGCGGUCCCAUUGGUGGUCCUGUAGCUGUGUGCACAGCCCUAGGAUGGGCAGUGCAGGGACCAGCCAGCUUUCUACAACAGCCCCCACCUGAUAGUAGCUGUCUCCACUUAGCAGCACUGUCCCCUGCAGAGGAGCUUCAUCAACAUGUGGAGAGACUUUGGCAAAUAGACACACUGCCAUUUCGCUCCUCCAAAGAAGUUACACGCUCUGGAGAAGACAAAGCCGCUCUAGAACAACUGGAGCAGAACAGUGUUUGGGUCACAGUUGAUGGUGUGAGUCGCUAUGCUGUCCCACUCCUGCGCAGAAAGAAUCCUCCCAUACUAAAGGCCUCACCUAAUGCUAUUAUGCCACUCCUCAGAGCUACGGAGCGCCGUCUCUCACACGAUCCUGAUCAGCUUUCAGUCUACAACGAGGAAAUUCACAAACUGGUGAAGUCUGGUUACACAGUGAAGAUCAGUACAGAACAGGUCAACAGUACAGAGGAGUCGUGGUUCCUGCCGCAUCACCUUGUCUUUCAUAAUGGCAAACCCCGAGUUGUAUUCAACUGCUCUUUUGUGCAUCAGCAAGCCUGCCUCAACAAUAGCCUCCUUCCUGGUCCUACACGAGGCGCCUCACUGCUCGCUGUGCUCCUGAGAUUCCGUGAAUAUACCAUAGCCAUAAGCGGAGAUAUUCGCGGUAUGUUCCAUCAGGUGCGCCUCCUUCCCCAAGACCAGCCGCUUUUGCGUUUCCUGUGGAGAGACGGAGAGCGGGAGCGCAUCUGGCGAUGUUUUGAAAAGAACAUUUUCCUAUGAUGGUUUAUUAAAGUAGUUAAUUGUUGGGGUCCUCGGGGACCCGAGUCAGUGUUUGCAUGUUGAAUAUGUUGAUAAAAUGAGGGUUGAACAAACAGAAAUGAGAGCUCAGAGUGAACUUACAAUGCCAGAGGCAUGUUUGGGUUUAAACACUGUAGGAAGCCUUCUCCUUGGCCUGCCGGAAACACUCUUCUGCUGCUUUUAACCUGUACAACACACAAUGGCAAUGCAGUUAAUGUGAACACUACAACCACAAAGUAAAUAUAAGAGUCAAGGUUGACGUCAGAGGGUAGUCCAUCUGGCAGCUCUUUCUAUUUAAGGAACUUCAAGUUUAGCUUAUUUAAAGCAGAAUGUUUUUGUAGCCGCCCCUUGGAUUCAUUCAGCAAGACGCAGAGAGUUUCAAACGGGUGUUAAUUUAUUCUUACUGUCAAGUGUUCUCCCACUUUCAAUGACGCGUGAAUAUCAUUGAUGAUUUUUGAGGGUUAGUGUGCAGUUUCCCCACUUGAAAAAGGAUGUUUCAUCUACCCAGGUUAUGAGCUGGGCUCCACUCAUGAGUCAGACAGUUGCUUUCUUUUCUUCCUCUUUUAUUUUGCAAUGGUUGCAAGGUCAUGGAAUACAACGAUGGCAACUUAGCUGACAGGUUUAGUUGAUAGGGUAAGUUGAUAGGGUAAGUUGAUAGGUUUAGGUGAAAAACCUUUAAAACACAAAAGAACAAUGUUCACAAUAUUGCAUUCGGCAGACAGUAACAGCCAUUCCCCUCGUACAAUUUUACCUCAUUAGUAAAUGCCACUCAAUUUACCUGCAUUUUAAAGAGUUGAUUUUAAUCACAUUUGAACAAAUUUUUCUCUUAACAUUUCUAUCAGACUUUCUUAAUUAUUUUUAUACUUUUUCAUUCAUAUUCUUAAAAUUAUUUAAAGUGCAUAAAGUGACUUUUAAAGUGCAUUCCGCUCCAGAUCCAAUAAAUAAACAAAUAAAGUGCAUAAUACAACCCACCAUUACAAACAGAAUGAAUUAACUAUUUUUUUAACCUUAGCUGGAAAACCUCUAAUUAGCACCAAUUAGCCUGCAGUCUUAUUUUCAAUUGAGCAAUUACAAACACACAGCAAUAAAUGGCAUACAGAUAUAAGAAUGUUAUCAACCAGCCGCUCGUGGCUGACGCCGAUCUCCGUGGCUAAUGCUAAUGCUAACACGUUUUGCAGCGGCUCACAUCGGCAGGUUAAACAGUCUCCCAGAUCUUUCAUGGUUCUGCUCUUACCUGCUGCUACCUGGAUUUCUGUAGAUGAAGCAGUCCUGCAUAGUUUGCCGCAGAUCCUCACGCUCACAGCCACUUUGUUUGAGCGAAGUAAUUCAUUCUCCGUUCCUCCUCAGUGCUGAGUGUGUCCCUUUUUAUGCUGCAGGUAGCAAACCUGCAGCCGCAGAUUGGUUCCGCCCCAGCUGAGUGCAGCACCUGUGUGAACGCUUCUUCUUUCUCUGACGUUUCAGCUUCUCCCAGUUUGACUUGACACUUAAGCCGCGAUUCCAUAAGCAUCUACUCGGCGCGGUACGGCUCACCACUAUUGUAUUUGACUCGGCUCGUCUCGGUUUAGUUGUUUUUCCAUAUAGCCUCAUCGUGGGUGGAGUCGUCAUAGCACCGAGAGCCGAAAGUCCCUUAACGUCAUUUGUGUGCGACGCAAACGCAACAUAACGGAGACGAUGGUACACCUGGUGCUCGGUCUGUGGCUUUCUGUCAGAUUCAAAGUAAAAGAAGAGUCGGAGAAAGCUGAGAGCGGCGAGUCGAAACACUCAGGAGAGUUUGGGAGGCGAUGCAGCAGUAUCAAGCCCAAGACAUGAGGAUAUGAACUAGACGACAUAUGAGGAUGCUCUCUGAUGAGACUUCAUGGGAUUUACCUGAAGCAGCAGCACAUGAGCCUGCAGUGGCACAAGGUGUAGAGGAGGAGGACAGAGAUGUACAGGAUGCACUGAUGCACUACGUGUCAUGCAAAAAUUAAUCUUCUCGUUAUACUUCUGUUUUUCUGUCCCCGGACCACUAUUGUUUUCUUGUCUGCAAUUCUGACAAUAAACUUUUGUACCUUUUGCA